AUGUCCUCCGUCGCCCACUUUCCCGACUCUUCAAGCUUUCAACAACAGUCGGAUGAUUUUGUCGCCUGGCUGGAAGCAAACCCGGGUGUCAGGAUCAAUCCUAAGAUUCGCCUUGCUGAUCUUCGAGCGAGUGGUGCAGGACGAGGUGUCCUGGCCCGAGCAAAUAUCGAAGAAGGCGAAGAACUAUUCUCGAUCCCACGUUCUUUGAUCCUCGCUGUGCAGAACUCGGACCUAAAAUCCCUGCUACCACAAGAUGUGGAGAGCCUAGGCCCCUGGUUGUCUCUAAUCCUGGUCAUGCUCUACGAAUAUUUGAAAGGUGCAAACUCAAAAUGGGCUCCCUAUCUUCAAAUCUUGCCCGCUAGCUUUGACACAUUGAUGUUUUGGUCACCGUCGGAGUUGCACGAGUUGCAGGCCAGUGCGAUUGUCGACAAGAUUGGCAAACAAGGAGCCGAUCAGUCUAUCUUGGAGUCAAUUGCUCCUAUAGUUCGGAAAAAUCCGUCUUUUUUCCCGCCUAUUGAUGGUCUCGCCUCGUAUGAGGGCGAUGCCGGCGCUUCAUCCCUGCUCAAGCUCGCUCACAAGAUGGGAUCUCUAAUCAUGGCUUAUGCAUUCGACAUUGAGAAGUCUGAAGACGACGAAGAGGAAGCCGAAGACGCAGACGAGAGUUAUUUGACCGAUGAUGAAGAAGAGCAGCUCUCCAAAGGCAUGGUCCCUCUGGCUGAUUUGCUCAACGCUGACGCUGACCGAAACAAUGCCCGCCUCUACCAAGAAGAGGGAUCACUGAUCAUGAAAUCCCUCAAACCAAUCUACGAGAGCGAAGAAAUAUUUAAUGACUACGGAGAGAUUCCCCGUGCGGACCUUCUACGUCGAUACGGCUAUGUGACCGACAAUUACGCUCCAUUCGACGUCAUUGAAAUAUCCUUGGGCGAUAUCUGCCAAGCAGCCGGUCUUUCGAACUGCGAUGUAGAGUCCCAACCCAGACUUCAAUUUCUUGAAGAGCACGACGUUCUGGACGAUGGCUACGUGAUUCCGAGGCCUCUCAACGACGCCUCGCUUGAAGACAUUCUCCCCGCAGAACUUGUAAUUCUGCUCACUACGCUAUGCCAGACACCGGAAGGCUUUGAACAACGUCGAUCUAGGAACAAGCCACCAAAGCCGUCAAUGGAUGAGGACCAGCCCGCUCUUCUCUACAAGGCUCUACAGACCAAACUGGCCCAAUAUGCCACCUCACUUUCUCACGACGUUCAACUGUUGGCGGGCCUUCCUCCUCCACAGUCACCCGUGUUCCUUGAAGGGUCAAAUCGGCGACAAAAGAUGGCCCUUCAGGUCCGCAUCGGUGAAAAGGAGAUCAUCCAGGCCGUGAUGGCUAUGCUCAACCCUUCUGGGACCACAGGAUCGCUCAAAAGGAUUGCCAACGGUGAUAGCUAUGAUACGAGGGAUCCGAAGGCCCGCAGACUCUGA